GAGACAUGCUUCUUUCCAGACAACACGAAUCUCUAGCAAUCCGCCAACUUCGUUGGUCUCAUCUCCGAAGACUGCAGAACUGUGGCCCUGAUCAAUCUAUGUCGCUCCCACUCAGUUGCUCCCCAAGUGACCGAACAAAAACAAGAAGCGGCUUAGGACAACAGCGGAGGAUGUCUCAGCUGCGAGUGCGGAUGUAAAAUGUCUCGCCUCCUAUCUCCCGGUUUCUACAUAUAAGGGGGGCGCAGGCGACCGAGAGCGCCUAUCCAUUGCUUUAACUGUUUAACACAAACCAUCACUACCCACCAUCUACUCUGCAUCACAUUACCAUGUCGCACAUUACCACUUAUGAUCUCCCCGAGUCCAUCGCUCCGUCCUCCUCGACCUCGAGUGUCUCAUCCGACUGCUCGUCGAGCAGCACAAGCACCCUUCGAGACCGUCGAGGGGUGUCGCUGUGGAUAUCGUUCUCCGCCGUCUUCCCCGUCGCUCCCAAACCCAAGGGAGCGCUCGGCCCGACCGUGAACAACAUCCCCCGGCGGCGAAAGCGCAGUAGUGUCGUUUCCAUCGACUCGCGGCCCGUGUCUGACAACUCAUCAUCUCUUGACCGGGUCGGCUACUUUGCGUGAGGGGUCGGGUCGAUGGGGGGACGGAUAUGGAGUUGUAUGCGGUCGUGUACUGGGCACCAGCCCUCCACGACAUCAGGCUAUGACUAGGUGCCAACUUGCGUUGACGCUUCUUCAUUCCAACAUAUCCAAUGGGAUUUUGGAAAGCUCAGACUGGGAAGCCGCUGCGCGUCCCAAAAUAGAGUGCUUGUGAAGGAUGUAUUCGUAUACUCCUUGUUACGCAGCGCUUCGUGGCUCAUGCACAAAUGUUGCUCGAAUCAAAACACCAUAAAUACGAACGGCCUUAUUUUAAGAAAUUACCCUGUUCUCGUUCUCUCACAUAUGAAUCGGGAUAAACCGCGUAGGGUCCCAUUACUGUUUAGGUAGAAU